AAAGUAAAGAUGAUUGUUAGGCAAAUUUUUGGUUUUGCAGACAGGUAGUCUUCACGUCCAUUAUUUCUUUGAUGGGUGUCGUUGCGUAGUGCUGCGCCAUGUCAUACAAAAUUUGGGGGUUCUCUUCUUGCUUGCCAACAUGUGUUUGCAAAAGGAGAAUGCAUCCUAACUUUUGCCCAGAUGCAUUGGUGCAUGAGCGGCAAAGUGCAAGUGGAUGUCAUCACUGGGGAGCUUUCGGGGAGGGAAGAGUGAGGGGAAGGCUAGGCAGGAGGGCCAGCAGGCUCCCAGCUGCCUGCAGCAGCACCACACUCACUGCCAGCAACGGACUUGGCUGAGCUUUCCAUAUAUCCCAGGAGCACAGAAAUCAGCUCCCACCAGGCACGCAUGCACGUGGCAUUAAAGCAUUUGGAAACACAAAGUGAGAUCACUUUCACUGGAGAGCCCAAGCAUCCCCAGCCCUGGGGUCAGGCUUGCAGGGAUGCACAUAUUGGAAAAGCAGGACUGGGAGGACAGUGGUGACAAACGCUGACAUUUGUGUAGGCAGCAUUGUGGCACACCUGCACCAGUUGGGGCAUAUGACUCCUGGCAGUCCGAAAGUCCAACACAGAGUGGCACUUUGGCCCGACAGGCUGAGCUCACCUCUCCGUUCGCUGCCCAGAGGCUCGCAAUUCUGUGGCUGGCAAUUCUGUGGCUGCCCUGGCUUCCCAACAACUCUCCAGCAGCCAGCAUGGUGUGGAUGUGUUGACCAACAGCACGGCUGGCAGCAAUUUUAUGGCACCUCAUUCCUUCCAUGUUACAUCCCCAGAUGACAUCCUGCCAUGAACACAGCUGCAAACUCUGUCUGCUUACAUUCCACUCAAAGACAGGCCACCAAAUCAGUUGGCAUCCGAUAUGUAGGUGUUUUACCUGUUUGCAGUAAAAUUUCUUGUGUUCUUCAGCUCUGAGCAACUAGUGAGCUGGAAAAUAAAUAAAUAAAUAAAUAAAAAUCUUAGUAUGGCAAGCAAGCAAGCUUGUGUGACAAGCUUGUGGGAUGAAGCAACAUUGCCAGACAUCAUUUGGGAAUUAGUGCCUAAAAAAAACAUGGGACCUUUUUCAUGCUGGUUUGCUUUAUAAUUAGUUCCAAACUUCAAAACAACUGCCAAGUAAGAACAAUUGUUUAUGUUUAAUUUAGAGCAACUCAUGUGUUUUCCAGUUAAAUUAAACCAAAGCCAAGCUGGGGAUUUUGGAAACUGUUGAAAAUAAGGGGAACUCUGGAGCACUUAACAACCACUUCCUCAUAAGACAUGCCCAAGAGGAAGACACGUGCUCUUCAGUCAUGGAGCUGCUCUCCUAAGCAUGAGGGGGAUCACGCUUUCCUCCCUCUGCUUAUUGAUGCACCUACUGCUGGAUGAGAUAACCACAAUUUUAGUUUUGGAAAAGCAAGUCCUGCAAGAUUUGAUUAAGCCGCGGAAGGUAGAGUUUCAUUCGUUAAACUUCAACAGCACUUUGCACUGGCAGCCUGGGAGGGCCAGAGGGGCAAGAGACACCGUCUACUUCGUGCAGUAUAAAGUGUAUGGGCAGAGCACAUGGCAAAACAAAGACGACUGCUGGGGGAUUCAAAACCAUGUCUGUGACCUGACAAAUGAGACCUCUGACAUCCAAGAGCCUUACUAUGGCAGAGUGAAAGCCACAUCGACUGGCAUCUAUUCCGACUGGAGUGUCAGCUGCAGAUUCACUCCCUGGCAAGAAACUAUGAUAGGACCUCCAACGGUAACUGUGGUUCAUAGUAACAAAUCCAUAACACUAAAGCUCCGGGCUCCACGUUCUCCUUAUAGAAGGAAGACGGGCAGCAAGAUACCAAUGACAAAAUAUUAUGAUCUGCUAUAUAAAGUCUUCAUAAUUAACAACUUGCUAGAUGAGCAACACAGAGUCCUGGUGUAUGAAGGAAAAGACAAGGUUAUUAAAAUAGAAGGUUUGAGGCCUGGAGUCAGCUACUGUAUCGUAGCUAAAACAUACGUGCCAAUGCUAGACCACAGCAGCGCCUACAGCAGCAAGAAAUGCACUGUUCUGCAGUGACAAGGCUGGCACCUCUGUGACAGUUACAGGGAUAAUGGCAGAAGAUGCCUCCCAUCACAGCUCCAGCUGUAAAUCAACACCUGUGGUCUACGUCUGGUAUACAUACUUGGAUACUUUUUAAAUUAACCUUUGCUGCACUAAAUCAUUUGACUCCUGACAAUAAUUUCAUGCUACAUAAAGACCAAGGAUUCUUUGCAUGUCCUAUAUUACAAUCUAUGAUAGUAUAUAUUUACAUUUACAAAGGAAAGAGUCUUGCAAUAUUAAAAAAAACCCACAAAACAAAACAUGCAAAAAGCAUUUGUGAAAAUAUCCUUAAGAUUGUUUCUAGGGUUUUUCUGUUCUAAGCCUUUGAAUUAAAAUACAAUUUAUAAAAUAGAAGCUUCAGCUAUUUUACUUCUUCCAGAACAUAGGUUGCAAUAGAAGGUAAAAAAAGUGUCCUUUCUUUAAAAUAUAAACUAUACAGUAGACAUGUAUACCCGACGGUCACAAUGUCUUCAUAGUGCUCUCAACAUAACAUUUUUGAUAGUGAAACCAGCAUGUCAUUUGGCAGAAGCUCAUUUAAACUAAAACAGAAAAGAUCUUAACUUUCAGUCAAUGACAGACAGUUAAAGGGAAGAGACCGCUGUUUCAGCCAUUUCACAGUAAAUGAUGAAAGGAUGCUGACCAUCACCUGUGAUUUCUAGUGAUUUUACUCCUACUAGUCUUCAUCUCAUAAGGGAAAAGGUUUCUUGGGUAAGGUCUGGGUAGAUAGUCACUAAGCCACUCCAGGAUGGAGAGGUGAAGUGGCUUUUCCAGAUCUGCAAGGUCUGUAAGUGAUGAAAAUCUUAACACUUAGCUGCAUUCUGUUAUUGCAAAUUAAAUGAGAGGAGGUGAGAGUGGGCCAGACACAAGAGGGCAAAGCAAGCCUUGGGGAAAAAUGGAGGUCCCUGCUACGUAAUCACUAUCUACUUUUCCCUUAAUUCACAUACACAAAAGGUGGAUCCGUUCACUUUAAGUAACAGACCUUGAGUUCACUUAAGCCACAUCCAAAGCAUUUUUCACCUGGAGGCGGUACCACUGGGAGCUGCACCAGGACACUGGCAGUAGGUGCUUGGGAGGCGGCUGCGCUUAAGUGAAUGCUGGUCAUUCUUUCCUUUACCAAAACAAAAGAGGGCAUUACUUAUUAAAUAUUUCCACCAUCUGAUUCUAACAUAUGAUAUAUUUGAAUGACUAGAUUUGCAGAUAUCUAGCUAUGUCCACAUAUCUAAUCCUUAAAACCACGUUUCUUUCACCACACUUCCCUUUUUGCUCCUUUCCCAUUUCUUCUAAUUGUUUUACCCUACCCAUAUCCCACAGUUUCUUAAUUUAGGUAAAUUUUUUUGAGAAGCAAGGCUCAUUAAAUCUCCAUAUAGCACCUAGUAGUGCCAUGACAAGUCUCAGAUCCAGCACUGCCCUGCUGCCCCUCUUGCACUGGGCAGAACCAACCGCAAUAAAACCAUCCAGGCAAACUCUUAAGAAAUAGCCUGUCUUACAUUUCAGCAGUGGUGACUUCAUCCACUCGUGGGUUAUCACAGCCUGAAAACAGUAUCUGUGGUAAUUCAAGUUCUUUCUCAAAUUCACUUCUUUUCUUAGGGCAGCUCACAUUGACGUUGUUACACAAAGAUAAAGCUUAGUCAGAGAACAGACUCUGACAACGCCAGAUACUGUACUUACGUCAGACGCAGUGGAUGAAACUGUUCAGGGUUCUUAAAUCUUAAAGAAGACAUAAAAAAAAAAAAAAAAAAAAAAGGGAGCAGAGCCAUAGGAGCACUUCAAGUGUUCAGACCUAACUAGAAAUAUAGCAGCUGUCAUGCUAUGAAUCUAUGAAGACAUUGGAAACCUGAAAGUUUUUCACUUUGAUAAAAAUAUAAACAAAUGCACAGCAUGUAUACUGGGAAAAACAAUAAAAGGUCUGAAAGAGUGUUGCGCUCUUGCAUUUGCUGACCAGAUUUCACUUCCUCAGCAGCAACGCAGACUUACAGAAAGCAGUGCAAGAAUUGCAGGAACGGCCCACUUCCAUUCUGAUGAUACCAGGAUACAGUAUUGCCAACCCCACGAUGUUCUGCAAAAGGCAAUUUUCUCUUUCCAUGUGAAACACAAACUUCCUUUCAGCUCUACUCUGGCGUAUAAUUUUACUGGGAAAAGGUUUGGUAAAAUGACUAAUGCUGUAAUUUUUUCUCUGCAAUCAGUAGUAGCAGCACGCUCCCAAGACAUGCUCCACUGGGCUCGCAGGUGGGGCUCUUGCAGCGAGGAGUACUUGCUGUAGCAUAUACUGGCUGGGUGAUCUGCACCCACAGCUUCUAGAUAGCUUUGGUAAUGCUGUAGUUUUUAAAAACAACUUAAUUGUGCUUUAGCCUGUAUGCUGCACUGCUGUUCACGUCUCCAUGAGGGUGGAAUGGAAGAAGAGCUCUCUAAACUACGGCUGGGGCUUUCCUGCAGGCAAGUCAGUCUGGAAAUACCUGGGAAAAUGAGCUCUAGCUCUCUGUCCCCUUCCUCCUUGUGGACCCAAGGAGACCAUCUGCCAUGGGUCCACCUCUCUAGAGUGGCCCAGGCUGGCACACAGGUCUGCAGUAGUUACUGCACACGCACAUUACUCAGUGCAGGACACCUUUACAUCAUUGGCUGGACUCCUGCUGGCCAUAGGUUUGCAAGACCCAGCUGAAAACACCCUUCUCUGGGUUUUCUUGCAGAACAGGCGUUUUCUGACAAAAGUGACAAAUGCCAGAUUCUGUUUCAGGAAAGAGAGAAAGAAAUGCUGGCUUCUAGGGCUACGGCAUGGGGUGGGGAAGACCAAGCAGUGUAACAAAAGCAGGACUUGUGCAACCCAUUCUGUAAGCCCUCGCCUGCCACGUCACUGGGGGCUGUCUGCAGUCAUGGGCACGGCCUGUCGCAAUGGCCUCAUCUGGCCAAGUCCCCGUGUCACGGCGGAGGGUCCCACCCAUGAAAAAUAGAUAGUAUGUCUUUUAGAGCUGGCAGUUACUGGUCUUCGUGUGAACUGGAGCCUACCCCUCUUUCUUUCAUGACCAUGGCUGAACAUCAUCUUAUCUGUCAGAUGGAGUAAGAGCUUAUCUCCCACUGUAAAUGGCUUUGACUCCCCGUUCCACUGGCACUCAGAAGAGCAGUGUUCAGCUACCAGAAGUUCAAGAACAGGGCUCUGGAAAAGCUGAUAGAGCAACAGCAAUGGACCAGAUGCUCCAGCCUCAUAAAUUAGAAGAUUAUGCAUAGCCAGCUGUACCAUAUAAAUGCCCAGUUUUAUAUGAUGCCAUGAUCCUCAGUGUUUUUCAUAUGGUCUAGCAUCUGGCCAGUCCUGUUCAUACCUCCCAUAUAUCUGCUGUAAUCAGAUGCGGACUUGGGGUUUAUUUAUUUUCACGACCUGAUCUCAGCUAAGAACUACGCCCGUGGCCCAGGGGUGGGGUGCUGUUGUGAAAUGACAUUGGGUUUUGCCACAGGUCUAUCAGAUGUUAUCAAGUAUUCCAAACUGCAGGGAAUUAAUUAUAGAGUUGGGGGAGACGGGGUUGUCUGUGGAUUUCCUAUGGAUUUCCACGUUUGCUACAAAGAUCAAAGAUACUAACCUGUAAAAUCUGUCUGAUACAAGAAAAAAGAAGAAAAUAAAACCCAAACUCCUGAGAGUUAGUUUACCACAAGGGACACAGGACACAAAACAAGGGUACUUCUGCAGAGAAGCAGAGGGAAAGAAAUGACACCAGUGUUCAUCGUCAGGAAAGUUACAGUCUCCUUUGCGACUUGCUUUCAGAAUUUUUCAUAAAGUGCUUCCAAGGAAAAAAAAAUUGCAAGUCUUACCUGUUGAGUCCACUGAAGGCCCAGCUCAAGCAGUCAUUGCUACCACAGUUUUGGCUUGAGAUGGGGAAAGAUGGGAAGGUCAAGCCCUGACGCUUACAAGGAAAGUUCAAAAAGAGAAUUUCUGAAAAGGCUUCGUCAUCUGAGGUAAAUACCAAAGACCCACUGUCAACUUUAAUUUUUUAAAUAUUGUGCUCUUUUCUAAGGCAGUGGGGCCUGAUCCUGAGUUCCCUGCAUACCCUCAACAGUGACAGAAUGCAGCCCAAUGGUAUCACACUGAGGAUCAGGCUCUUUGGAGAGGUCCUUACAUUUAAAAUCAUGAACAGAAUAACAAUGAAUAGGCAUUGUGCUAAUUGCUAUACCUACAAAAGAGCAAUUGGAAAAUUGUCACUAAAUUCAAUUAUUUCAGGCGUGUAAUUUUGACACAGUUUUUUUCCUUCUUUUUUUUUUUUUUUUUUUUUAGUAGGAAAUCAUACAAAUCAUACUGAUUUCUGAGAAACAACCAUAAGCUCUUGGUUUCUUGGUUUUCAUUUUGCGAUGACAAGCCGGUAUUUUUUUAGUGUUGCUUGUCAUGGGACACUGCAUUUGUUUAAUAGUUGACAAGCACAUGAUUGUUAUAAGACUGGGCUAAGCUCUUAUUUCUGGGAUACAUUCUCACUAUAAAUUAUUAUAUUAGGAAAAUAAAGCUCUUAAAAGGCAUCAUCAAAAUGAAAAACAGUAGAGUUGUC